CUGCAUUGAUCAGCAGCGAGCUGAACUUUCUCACUGUUCCCCUCACAAUCCGAGACACAGCGAGGAAGCUGGGCUGGGUUCGGCCCUCACAUACACAGCAAACUGCAUCAAGAGAAGGAACAAGGAAGAGAGAGAGAGAGAGGCAGAGAAAUCGGCGACUUCUGGGAAGCUGGAUGUGAGCAAGGAGCGAGGGGGAAAAGUUGCCUUUGUGUUCGGUCGAAAGAGCAGGGAUCUGAUUACUAAUUAUUUGUCAGAGACUCGCAUAUGUGUGUGUGUGUGUGUGUGUAUGUAUGCGCGGAGAGACAAAUUUCAAAGCGAUUAAACCCCAGCCAGACACACACACACACACACACACACAAAAUUAAUUGGAAAAUCCCCUCUUUCUCUUACAACAAGCAGCAAUGUGGGGGUCAGUCCUAUCGAUGUGUGAAAUCUGAGCGAAUAUUACACAGUGAGAAAAAAUAAUCCGAGACAGUUUUUCUUUAAAAAAAACUGGGCUCCACAAAGUACAGAAGAAGAAAAAAAGCAAAAUCCGGUUUGGAAGCUCAGCAAAACAGAGAGAAGAAAGGCUUUUUUUUCAGGGAGUGAAACUCCCGGAGAUUCAUGUGGAUUCUUUUCUUGUUCAGCAUCAAAGUUUCGCCUAUUAUUCCAUUUUAUUUCGAGACGUCUUGCAGCCUCCCUGAAUGGAGAUUAUUUUGACUGCUGUUGUUUCAGAGGGAGCUUCGCUGGUGAGGGUUGAAGCGAAUCCUCAGUGAAUUGGUUUGGUGUUCCUGUGAGUUUGGGAUUCUGUUGGAAGCGGGAGAGUUUUCUCGGUCUGCUCAGUCUUAUGGAAUGAUUUAGCUUCAUGUCCCCUGUUAUCAUGACCACAGAAUUACUCCGUUUCUGCCUGGCCGUUGGAUUAAUGUGCAUGACUUCAGGAUCGCGCCUUCGGCAGGAAGAUUUCCCGCCCCGGAUUGUGGAACACCCGUCCGAUCUGAUCGUGUCCAAGGGGGAGCCUGCUACUCUGAACUGCAAGGCCGAGGGCAGACCGAAUCCCACCGUUGAGUGGUACAAGGACGGGGAGCGGGUGGAGACGGACAAGGACGACGCCCGCUCUCACCGUAUGCUGCUACCCAGCGGCUCCUUGUUCUUCCUGCGCAUUGUCCACGGCCGGAGGAGCAAACCCGAUGAGGGAAGCUACGUCUGUGUGGCCAGGAACUACCUGGGGGAGGCCGUCAGUCACAACGCCUCGCUGGAGGUGGCAAGUACGUCGCAGGCCAGUGGGGAGGCCGGGGCGCUGUGGGGCCGAUGGUGA